GGUCAGGGGCCGCCGGCCGCCAGCCCGCCCGCCGGGAGGGGUGCGCAGAGAGAGGCGGGGCGGGAAGGCAAGAGGUGUCUCCUCCACCCGAAAGGCGGGAGACCCGAGCAAGCUCUGUGACAGCUCGUCGGCCGCCAUGUCAGCGAGCGGGGCUGGAAACAGACCAGGCGCCCGGUGGUAGCCCUCCUUUCGUCUCCCGUUCCCAGACAUUGAAGGACUUUAAAGAAACUUAAAUGAUUCAACAAAAGAUGCUCUAAUGGAUGACAGAGAAACUCCUACAUAUAAUCUGCAGAGAGAACCACAAGAUGGAUGUCAUCCUGGUGACGGUGUGGAAAGUCUAGUAACAUGCUUGCCCUCUGCAUCAGAUGAAAAUGAAAACCAACUUGGUGGGGAUGGGUGUGAGCGUCUGACCAGCAGUGACGGUGCAAUGGGCAAAGCUGGAGUGUUUGAGCAGGACACUCUCAACAAUAACGAAAGCUGCUCACCAAGUUGUGAGGUGGCUGCAAGCGAGAACUCAGAAAACCCUUCUUGUGAAGUCCCCAAAGAUGGACAGGCCUUUUUGGGAAAGGACAAAGAAAUACCUGGAAAAAGAAGUUUAAAAAGCAAAAGAGGCACUGUUAAGAAGAUACCACAAGGGUUUUCCUCAGGAGAUACCACACAUUUAAUGCAAGAAAAUAGACUUCAUGAAGCCUCUCAUGCUGUUAGUGAUGAAGAGCCUGCAGAAGUAAAUGCUAAUGAUCAACUAGAAGGCCCGAAGCUCAUUCUGCAGUCUCUGUUCUCUCUUAUACGAGGUGAAGUUGAGCAGUUGGAUUCAAGAGCACUUCCCCUUUUUCUUCAUCAGAUAGCUGAAUCCUAUUUCCAGGAGGAGGACUAUGAGAAAGCAAUGAAAUUCAUUCAGCUUGAACGACUGUAUCAUGAGCAAUUGCUCACAAAUCUUUCUGCCAUUCAAGAACAGUGGGAAACAAAAUGGAAAACUGUAGAGCCACAUGCAGUUACAUCUUUAAGGAAUUCAGAAAAAGGAUUUAAUGGUGAAGAUUUUGAACGGCUUACUAAAUUUUGUACAACACAUCAAGAUCCCCUUUUAUCCAAAUGUAAGAUAGCAGCUGUACAAAAGUCCCUGGGAAGGAAAUGCUUUACGCAGUUAGUAGUGUCUGAAGAUCCAAAGGAAAGAGGAGCUACAGCCAAAGAGCCCGAGAGUGAAACCUGUCUUGGCAUGGAUUCAGGGAAAGAAGGCCAACAUAACAAAGAGACCAGGGAGAGCAGUCCCUGCUGUAAUCAGGUGGACAGGCAGGCAGAUCCCCCCGGCCUUGUGGUAACUGCAGGGAAGAGCCACACGGAGGAGCCGCUCUGCAGCACUGAAGCCACGCUGGAGCUCCACGCCCAGCCCUUGGAGUCUGCCGGGAGCAGGUCUAGGCCACACUCUGCCGAGAAUGCUUGUGAGGACAACAGCCGCCUGCAGCUGGCUCACACCGAGGCCGGCCAGGAUGUGGCCGGAUCAGAGGGCACUGCUGAAGAUCCGAAGGUUUCCAGUGAGUCAGGGAUAGUGCCGUUGAUUUUACCAGGCUCUGACCAUAUACCUCCUGUGUUGAUUUCUGAAGGUAAAUAUUCACAGACGCGAAGAAAGGAACUCCAUUUGCCACUUCAGGAUGCUUCCGAGGCGUUGCCCACAGAUCAACUUGAGAAUAAUGAAUUAACUGAGCUGCAGCAACCUGAUCUCACAGACAGUGAUGGAAAAUCACCACAGAGGCAGACUGACUCACAGGGCUCUGAGAAUGUACUUUGUGAAAAUAAUCAAGUCUCUGACUUAAGUACAGUGCUUCCAGAGGUGUAUAUGGCCCCAGAGGAACAGGGAGAUAAGGACGACCAAGUCAGCAAAGAAACCGAAGACUAUCUAAACAGCCUUUUGGAAGGAUGCUUAAAAGAUUCUGAAGAUUCUCUUUUAUGUGAAGAUAACCAAGAAGAAGAUUCUGAUCUUCAAGAUCUUUCUCCUGAAGAAGCAUCCUACAGUUUACAGGAGAGCCUGCCUUCUGAUGAAAGCUCUCUUUCUCUCGAUGAUCUUGCAAAAAGGAUAGAAAUUGCAGAGGUUGUUCCUGCCGAAGGACUGGUCUCAAUAUUAAAGAAGAGGAAUGAUACUGUAGGAGACCAACCAGCCCAGAUGCAGCAGAAACCAUCUAAGCGAAGAGUGAGGUUUCAAGAAAUAGACGACAGCUUGGAUCAAGAUGAAGUUGGAAGUGGUUCCUGUAUUUUACUGGUCUUGCUGUGCAUAGCGACGGUUUUCCUUAGCAUUGGAGGAACUGCAUUAUACUGCACUUUUGGUGACUUGGAGUCACCUGUUUGUGUAGACUUUGCAGACAACGUGGACUUCUAUUACACUAAGUUACUGCAGGGAAUGGCAGAAUUGAAACACUGGAUCUACCUCUCCUAGCAGCGUUCAAGUGGGACCGGCAUGCCGUCAUUGAGAAUCAAAGAGUGAAACUUUCUAAACAGCUUUUAUUUCAGGAAUUCUGUAACAUGCACCUCCCCCCCUUCCCCAGCGAGGAACCUUGAACGUCAGAAACAGCAGUGUUAAGAGGCAAUCCAGGGGAACUCUUAGAACAGUCCACCUCAUGAGGCAGGUGCUGAUCUGAGCACCAUGGACAGAAGGACUGUUCUUUGGAGAGCAUGUCCUCCGCCUCCUCGCUGCUUCCUGGUGUCCUGAGCUACACUGAGCAGAAUUUAACAGGGCAGCGUUGGAGCCAAACCAUUUGUGGCUGCCUUGAAAAGCUAAUGGUUAAAGGACACUUUUGGUUUACAUUUGUUGGUCCAAAGACAUUGCUUCCAGCCAUCAUGCAGUACAUUUGUGUGUCAUGAAAAAGCGUUACUUUAUGAUUUCAGUGUCUUUUUUUAGUUCACCUUGGGAGCUAUGUAUUUUAGGCUUUGAGCACUCUUUCCAGAUUUGUUUUCCAUUUGUGAAAUGGUUAUGUGUUUGUGUGCACGCGUGUGCGUGCGUGCGUGGAUCUUUUAGACAUUUAUCAUGAGCAAAUACCCACCAUAGAAUAACAAAGAUUAUUCUUUUCUUUCCUUUCCUUUUUUUUUUUUUUUUUUUGCUUUUUAGG